CUUCGCUUCGGCGAUACUCCGUAGCAUCGUGAGAGAAGACCUGAUUCCCGAUUAAGCAUGUCCACCCGAAUGCUCCAACUUGAGAUGAUAUAAGUAAACCAUGCGAUCUUGCCAUUGAAGUCAAUCACUAAAGCAUCAUCAACUUUACAACAUACACGGUCAACAUGACUUCAGUUUCUCGCGAUACUCAGGCUGGUGGAUGCUGUGCUCCCCGGUUCUCGGUGUCCAUUCCUUCCCAUCCACUAGAUCCCCUGUCAAUCGAGGAAAUUCCCCUAGCAGCCAAUCUUAUCCGGCAAAAUGCUGCCUCAGACCGUCUCAAAUUCAACUGUAUUACGCUGCAUGAGCCCGCCAAAGCCGAAUACACAGCAUUCCGUUCCCACACCGGCCGUCGCCCAGACCGGCGCGCCUUUUCCAUCGUAAUCCAAGGAAAGCAGUCGCCUCGGGUUUCAGAAGUCAUUGUCAACCUGACUUCCCGCCAGGUCGAAUCCUGGAAAGAUCUCGCCAAUGUCAUGCCCACCUUGACCCUCGAUGAUCUGGAUGUCACGGAGCAGAUCGCCCGGAAUGAUCCGCGUGUUAUCGAAAUUUGUCGGGAAAUUGGAAUCACCGAUAUGUCCAAGGUGUACUUCGAUGCGUGGGCAAUCGGGAUCGAUGAGAGAUGGGGCUUCGAGCGACGACUGCAGCAGGCGCUGCCGUAUUACCGGAGCUCGAGAUAUGACAACCAAUAUGCGCACCCGUUGGACUUUUCCGUCGUGACAGAUACAGAAGCGCAGAAGAUCCUCAGCGUGGAUGUUCGACGGGUUAACGGAGAGCGCACGGCAGUGUCUCGUGACGAGCAUAACUAUCUGCCCCAGUUCAUUGGGAAUUCUUAUCGCCCUGAACGACUCAAGCCAAUUGAAAUCACGCAGCCGCAGGGUGUAUCGUUCCGAAUGAACGGCAACGAGAUUGACUGGGCCGGAUUCAAGAUGCAUAUCGGGUUUAACUACCGCGAGGGGCUCGUAUUAUCGGAUAUUCGUGCUCACGAUCCCUAUGGGCAGCGGGAGCGUAUGCUCUUUAACCGGAUCAGCGUCGUGGAGAUGGUGGUGCCUUAUGGCUGCCCCAAACCUCCCCACCACAAAAAGCACGCCUUUGAUGUCGGGGAGUACGGCAGCGGCCUGAUGACCAACUCGCUCAAACUGGGCUGUGAUUGCAAAGGCGCCAUCCGUUAUCUCGAUGCCGUACUACCGACUGCCACCGGCGAAGCCUCUAUCAUCGAAAACGCAGUUUGCAUUCACGAAGAAGACAACGGCCUUCUAUAUAAGCACACAGACUUCCGCGAUGGAAAUGUCAUCUCAGCUCGGGAUCGCAAACUGGUCAUCUCCCAGAUUAUCACGGCCGCCAACUACGAAUAUGCCUUCUACCAUACCUUUACCCUAGACGGCACGUACAAGCUCGAGAUCAAAUUAACCGGAAUGCUCAACACUUACCCUCUACACCCCAGCGAGCAAGCUGCCCCAUACGGAACAGAAGUAGCCCGUGGAAUCGAUGCCCAAAACCACCAGCACAUCUUCUCCCUCCGUGUGGACCCGGAAAUUGACGGCCCAACAAACACAGUCGUGCAAAGCGAUGCAGUCCCGUCAGAUGAACCGGUUGGCUCAGAAGCCAACCCCUAUGGUAACGGCUUCUAUGCGAAAAAGACACCGCUCCGCACAGCUAAAGAAGGGGCCACAAACUACUGCCACGAAACUGGUCGCACGUGGGACAUCACCAACCCUAACUGCCUCAACCCCGUCUCCAAGAAACCCGUCUCCUACAAGAUCCUUAACAAUAACUGCGCACCCCUGCUUGCAAAACCAGAUAGCAUAGUAUACAACCGCGCCGCCUUCGCGCGUAAGUCCCUCUGGGUCUUACCCUACCGCGACAACGAGCUUUUCCCUGCGGGACGGUACGUGUGCCAAUCAACGGGGAAGGAAGGACAUCCGCACAAUGACACAAUUCUUGACUGGACAAACCGAGACGAAGGGAUCGAGAACACAGAUAUUGUCUGUUAUGUGCAGUUUGGGAUAACGCAUUUUCCACGUACGGAGGACUUCCCGAUCAUGCCUGCUGAGCCUGUGAGUGUUAUGUUGAGGGCUGCAAAUUUUUGGCAGAAGAAUCCGGCACUUUGGGUGCCGGCUUCGGAUGUAGUGAGAGAUGUCUUUUCGAGGGAUGCGUUUGAAAAGAGGGUUGAUAGUGCUCAGAGGCUGGAGAAUGCAAAAUUGUAAGUUUGGGGGUUGUUCUUGUUCUGUGGCAUGUAUGUUUAUAUGGUGGCUUUAGCUAUAAGAAAUCUACACAUGAUAUCAUCGCUUUACC